ACUUACUUCUCACUAAGUUAAUGGACUCGGGGGUGUUGCUUUCAAAGCUAUGGUCAGUGUUGAGUUGUCGCGUUAUGUGUUUUUCUUUGCCAAGAUGUAAACUUGGACACGUUAGAGCUGAAAGGCCCCAUCAGAGCUGUGGAGGGAAGGUAAACUGGAUCUGAGAAACGCCCCACAUUUCCAGCUCAGCGUGGCGAUGCAGCGUCUGUGAUGUGCAGAGAAAAAGUUGGCAGAGUUGUGGACAGAGUCGGCGGGGAGGUAAUGUAUAUGUGACUGUAUGUAGCAUAAAGUGGGGAGAGAAGAGGAGAAACUACACUGGAUGGAUGGUCUGCGUAAAGGAAGGCGCGUAACGGAGCGGAAUUAUGGAUCAUUUAUCCAAACAACAUCUGUUUGCGGCGCUCGGCAACUGAGGUUACCUUUGUGAAGACUGAUGGAAGUUGGCUUCGAAAACCGACGGCAUUCAUGUCCGAGGGAUUUUGUUAAACCAGUGAGCUUAGUCAUGGACGAUCAUGGAUCCCAGUCCCAUCCACGGAGCUCUGGUGUGAGGGUGUCGACCAAAAGCAAAGCACCGUCCCCACCAGGGAUAAAGAAGCUGGAUUCCCCAGGUUUCUCCCAGUGGUACCCAGGAAACCCUCAUUUAACCAUGGACCAGAAGGAGAACCUCAUUGAUAAAGAACUCUCCCUGACUGUGGUUCUGCCUGGUGGGGUGGAAAAGACGACCGUGGUUCAUGGAAGCAAACCCCUUAUGGAUCUUUUAGUGACACUUUGUGCAAAAUACCACCUGAACCCAUCGAGCCACACUUUAGAACUGGUCACCGCCAACAGGAACAACAUCAAGCUCAAACCCAACGCUCUCAUAGGAACUUUGGACGCAGAGAAGAUCAUACUCAAACCCAAAGGGGAGGAUAAAAAUAAGAAAACGGGUCCACAGAUGCCUGAGGCAACUGUUCGAAUGGUGAUAAACUACAAAAAGACCCAGAAAACGAUAUUGAGAGUAAAUCCACGAGUUCCUCUUGCUGAACUCUUACCAGCAAUCUGUGAGAAAUGUGAAUUUGACACGGAGACUACAGUUCUGUUGAGAGAUGUCCAGUCACUGGCCCCUUUGGACCUGUCCAGUUCUCUCAAUGAUUAUGCAAUACGGGAGGUUUAUGCAAGAGACACAAGAGGGCAGCCUGUUUCUCCUGUGUGUCCAGGCUCACCAACUUCUGCAGGAACAGUCACACCAGGCAAAGAUAAAGAUCAGAAGGAGAAAGAAAACAAAGGCCUCUUCAGCAUGUUUAGAAAAAGCAAGAAAAAAUCUGACCAGCCGACCACAGCCAGUGCCCCAGCUUCUCCAGUGCUUGUGAGCAAGCCUCGGCCGCUCAGUAUGGCCUUACCGAGCUCAAACUCCACUCCGUUUAGCUCUCCCGCAAGCCCCACUGAUGUGCCAAAGAAGAGACGUGCACCCCAGCCCCCGAUCCUUGUUUCUCAGAGCUGCCCUUCAGACCUCAGCACCCGCCGGAGACUCUACUCUGAACCUAACGCCCAGCUGGACACUGAUCAGACGUCUGGUAUAAGUCGUGGGUCCUCAGCAGAGUCUUCGCUGAAGAGGACCAAACGAAAGGCUCCUCCACCCCCAACGUCUCCGGGUGCUGUUGUCCAAGAAUCUGUUUCUGUAGAGGAAAACUUACAAGUGGUCGCAGCUUCUAAAACACUGGAGGAAAUUAUGGAGCAGGAGGAGACGACUGCAUCCGUAAUGUCUACAACUGCUGGUAAAACCCAGGGAGAGGACAGCAGCCUCAACAUGUCACCUGAUGUUUCUCUACAUUCCCCGUCUCCAGAUAUUGAGACACAGAGCACGAUAUCGGUGGAGGGCAGUGGGGAAGAUCAGUCUUGUGAUCUGUCCUCAGAUGGCAAGUACGAACUCUACCAACUGCAGAGUGCAGUGAAUGAUUCUGCAACUCUGAUUGUAAGGAGAAGUGAUGGUACAGACUCACCAGUAGUAUCAGAUACUAAUAGUGCUGCGUUUCAAGUUGAAAAUGUAAGCCCACAUCCCAUCUGUGAAGAGCCUCCAGCUGACAGUGUUGAGGGUGAUUCUGCUGCUGCACCCAGCAGCCUCCCUCCUCCUGUAAUGCAGGAUGCAGAAGCUCAGGCCUCUGUUCAAGCAAGCACUGAAACCCUCCAGGAGGUGACUGACAGGUUGGAGAGUCCAGUGGCUACCAGCACAUCACGCCCCAGUGGAGAGGAUGCUCAAGUGCAAACAGAUUUCACACAGCUCCCUGAGCCUCCACAACAACACACGGACAAGGUUCCUUCAUCAGCAAACGCACCGGCCUCCGAAUCAGCAGGGAAGAAAGAUAUGGCCACUCUGACGGAGGAGCUGGAAGCCCCCGACCUCGAACAUGCCUUAUCCCGCACCUCAGAGACCUCAUCAUGCCAAGACUCCCCACCAAGUGCCCCUGACACAACAAAAGCGCCAUCUAUGUAUGCAACAGACUCUGAGCCAAAGCCCAAGCCUUCCAAUGAACUGACAAGGGACUACAUCCCCAAGGUGGGGAUGACAACAUAUACUAUUGUGCCUCAGAAAUCUCUGGAGAAACUGAGAUAUUUUGAAGUUGCACUGACACUGGAGACACCUCCUGAAGCUCCAGAGGAGAGACUUAACAUUGAUUCUCUUCAGUUAGAUGAAAGCACAGGACAGAGGGGACAGAUAGACGUCUCCAAAGACAAAAGUGAGCAGCAUUCUGCUUUACCCAGGGAAGACUUACUGACUAGCACUACUACUACUACUCAACGCACUGUUAAUGGAAGUAUAUCUGAAACGACUCAUUCCUCAUCACCAACAAGUUUAUGUACAAACACAGAUGACAAGGUGGCAUCCUCAGCUAAUGGGGCAUCUCAAGCAGGUUCACCAGUAGAGGUCAAGGAGAUGAAAAUUCCACCCGCAACUAAGCCUAAGCCUGGUUCUUUCCGCUUGGCACAGCACAAAAAAACACCUGGGUAUUAUGUAACUUCAGCAGCAGAGAAGAGUCUUGGUGCCAAUGCUGGCUCUGGCCUGAGGGAGGCUCAAGGAAGUACAGAAAGAGCAAAGUUACCUUCCCCUCCUCCUCCACCUCCAGUGCAGUGUCAAGAGGAGACAACAGGGGCCACUAAUGUUCAGCUGAGCCCUAAACAGGAUGACAAGAAUGUCGCGUUCAAGCGAAUGAUAAGGCAGAGUAGUCUGCCAUGUAGAGAGCCAAGCGCAGGGUUAAGCUUGGAAAAAUUAAGGAGCUUUGCGGCUCCCAGGCCUUUUUCUCCUUCAACCCCGUCCCGCUUCGCCCAGGCAGUGUCCUCUGCUGUGAAAAGGAGCCAGUCCUUAUCCCAUGGGCCAAAGUCACCUCUGUCCACCGUGUCACCAUCCGUCUCUCCAAUUACAAGUCCCUCACCAGUCAUUCAGUCAGGAUUUUCUACACUCAAGGACUGUGAAAACACAGAGGCGGGUAGCGAUGGAUCCACUCUGCAGAGAGAAGAGCGUGAACUGCCGUCUUUUAGUGAGAUUGUUGAAAUUGGCGGAGAGAGCAGUCCUUAGCAGUGCCUUAUUUCUUUUGACAGUGUUUCAUCUACAGAGGAGCUUGUAGUUCAUUCUUUGAGUUCUCCGGAGCCUUUCAUCCCGUGACACGGAAGAAGCAGCUGUCUUUUGUUUUACCUCUUUCAGUAGACAGCGUACAUAAAAUGAUGUUUUCUGAUAAUUCGUAAUUGUUUUGGUUUAUUUUCUCACAUCUUUUAAGUAAUACCCCUGCCUGACUUGCCUAUUUUAACCCUUUUCUUUUACUUUGUGUGAUGACCUUGCAUUUAAUGCAUAUCUGUUGUGAAUGAUCAAGUGAUGAUAAAUGAGAACAUUCUAUAAAUUAUUAGACCGACUUCCAGAGUUGUAAUAUUAUUGGGUUUAUUAAGAAAAUGUAUUAUCUAAAUAAUACUGGAUGUGUAGGACAGACCAGGUCUGACCUGCCGUAAAUGCUUCUUAGAUUAUACAUCAGAUCUAUAUUUAAGUAUUACAGAGUUUUGAUUAAGAUAUAUGCAGAAAUACACUGAUGUGUGCAGUACGCCUGUUGUUCUUGUCGAGCAGUGUUGUUAGGAAUAAAGCUUUUAUCAGGUC